GUUUAUUAAAACACUACAUAUAACCCCGUCAGAACUCCUUCGUAAUCCGGAAGUAGAACGCAAACUGCGCCGCCACCUGCUCCCCGGGAAGCAGAAGCAUCCAGGUCAUGCGCCACAGUCCGGUCGGCACGACCCGCGGCACAAACGAAGCGUCCGGAAUCAGAUCCCUCACCCAGUAGACGCCCUUCGAAACGGACAAAACUCGCGCGUUCCCUGCUCGAUGUACGGCAUGUUGGUGCAGUUCCUCCAGAUGAACUGAUACUCGACGUACUCGGUCACGAGCAUGUCGCAGAAGCGCUUCCGCGCCAGCUUCAUCGGGUACUCGUUGAACUGGUUGUUCCCGAGGGUGCUGUACGCGACCUUGACCGCCCCCUCGUACGAGCCGUCAAUGUCGGUCAGCAGUGCGAACGUUCCGUUCAGCACGAACGCCGUCCGGUUGAACUUCCGGACGCGGAGCUGGGACGAGUCGACAAAGUGGGCGCCGCCGAUCUGCUCGAACCGUUCCAGCUGCAGCGUGACCUUUUGGGCACCAUCGGAACGGAACGGGAAGCUGAUGCAGAUGAUCAGCAGAACCGUCAACGGAACGGUGGAAAUUGUUGUACGCCACGCCAUUGCUUCCGACGCACUGAACGUUCGUUUGGACCAAGGGGUUGAGGUGGGAUCAGAUGACGUGCUAAUGUCAUAUUAAUCCGGUCAUUGCAUU